AUGAAGUUAACAAUUAAAACUUUGCAACAAAAAUCGUUUUCACUCGAUGUGGAGCCCGAAGAUCAGGUUGUAACUGUAAAGGAAAAAAUUGAAAAAUCUCAAGGAUAUCCAAUAUCUCUUCAAAAGCUCAUUUUUUCAGGCAAAAUCCUUGUGGAUGAUAAACCUAUAUCCGAAUAUAACAUAUCUGAAAAAGACUUUCUAGUUAUAAUGCCAAAACCCGCACAGACUACGGAAAAAGCUCAACCGGUUUCUUCCCCUAAUGUACCACCCCCGGCCACAUUAAAUCCAUCUCCACCUGCGCCAGCCCCUGAGGUCUCACCAACAGCUCCCACUUCAACUCAGGCUAAUCCCCUUCCAGCUGCGGCUACACCUUCACAACCAGCGACUACACCUUCACAACCUUCACAACCUGCACAACCUACACAGCCAACGCAAAUAUGGGGCAAUGCUAGCGCUUUAGUUGCCGGAGCUGAACUUGAAAAGACAAUACAAAGUAUUAUGGAAAUGGGUUUUGAUCGUCCUGAAGUAGAAAAAGCGUUGCGUGCUAGCUUUUUUAAUCCUGACAGAGCUGGAAUUCCUGAAAAUAUGGAAUCUACCACUCAACCUGCACCGACUAAUCGACAAACACCAUCAUCUGUACCUGUAACAGUUACAGCUCCCUCCUCUAAUUCAAACACAGCUUCUACUCCAGCAUGUAUGUCUAUUUCGUUUCAACAAUUACGACAGGUUGUCCAACAAAAUCCUACGUUUUUGCAACCAUUGCUUCAACAAAUUGGGCAAUCAAAUCCUCAACUAUUACAGCUUAUUAAUGCCAAUCAACAAACUUUUCUGGAGCUUUUGAAUGAAGGUUCAACUGAUCAAUCGGCAUUGACAGCAGGUGAAGGAAAUCUUUCUUCCCCACACUACGUCUCUGUUACCCCGGAAGAAAAGGAAGCGAUUGAUAGAUUGGAAGCUUUGGGCUUUGAUAGAGCACUUGCCAUCGAGGCUUUUCUUGCAUGUGAUCGAAAUGAGGAAUUAGCGGCCAACUAUCUUUUUGAUCAUGUGAAUGAUGAAUAA